CUUACUUUCCACUUCUCACAUCGUCAUUUCAUUCGUCAUUGUAUAAUUGUAACGCGAUUGAAAGCUUUAGCUUUCUUGAGUUUAGCAAACAAAGCGUAUCGUUGUAGCUCCGUACGAAUUAAUGCAAAACAAGAUAUAAUCACAAAAUGUCUGGGAAAGUGCGAACGAAGCAAGACAAAACUGGGGAAAUAAUAGCAUACAGCGAGGGAGCUGUCAGAAAUAAUGCAGCAGUGGUGGAAUAUUGUAGAAUAUCAAUGGCAGCUCUUUCCGGAGGAAUGGCAGGAUUACUCGGCUUGACGAGUCUUUAUGGAUUUGGAUUUUAUAUAUUUGCAGUUGUUGGUUUAUGGGCUAUGCUUUUGAUUAAAGCUGGAGGACAAUGGAAAAAAUAUUUCAUCAGUAGGUAUAGUUUGCUGACAAAUGGGUUUUUCGGUGGACUAUUUACCUACGUAUUAUUCUGGACAUUCCUGUACGGUAUGGUUCACGUAUAUUGACGAAAGAAUCGACUGAAGCAUUUAGAAAAUCGACCGAGAUCCACAUUUACAAAUGAAUUUUAGAAAAAUAGUGUUUUCACUUUUUUGUCAUAUGUUCAAACAACAAGUGUGUAAAAUAAUUUAUAAAUUUAUUAACAAUAACAUUAUCAAUGAGCGAUAUUCGAUGGGAUUCGUUUCAACUUUAUUGUUCACAGUAUGAAAUUCGAAGCCCUUAUUAAAUACGAAUAAUAAAAUAAAUAGAAUAUUCUA